CCCCAGAUACUCUUGAUACCGAGCCUACAUAUACACACCACACUAUCUCGGUACUUGCAGUGCGCCUAACUGUGUAGACCCACGAUUCGUGGAAGAUAGGUCUCGCGUGCCCUAACAACACAACCAUGGUGCAUGCGCAUGCACACCGUGACCGGGUGGCCCGCCUGAAGGGACGAAGUCCGGAUGAUAGCCAAGGGGUGACUGUGGUCUAUGUGACUAUGGCCCCGGAUUUCGAUGGUCCUAUCGGAGGCUACGUGACAGGCAGCAAGACCUCUUCGGACAGCAGCAAGAACACGGUUGGCGUUGGCGUUGGCGCUCCUGUCAAACAGACACGGUCGUCUUCGACAGAGGAGGCAAAGACAACUGAGGCGUCAACGACACAUACCAAGGCAGAGACACAUACUACGGCCACUACGUCUACUGAGACGGAGCCUACUACGACACGGCAGCCAACAACGACCGAGCAGACAACCGAGGCUACCAAAGCUACUCAGGUGUCGAGUACAGAGGAGGAGAUUGCAUCGUCCACUAGGACGACGUUCCAAACCAGCACUUCGUCUUCCACAUCUUCCACGUUCUCCUCCACAUCUGACUUGUCAUCCACAACCUCUCAGAGCAAUGCCGGACUGGAAAACGCCGCCAUCACCGGGCCAUCUUCAUCCAAAGCUUCGACGUCGGCAUCUGCAACCGCAGUUGCUGGAUCAGGGGGACUCUCUGGAGGUGCAAAGGCAGGAAUUGCAAUAGGCGUACUCCUAGGUGUUGGUCUGAUUGCAGGGCUGAUUUUCUUCUGGAUGCGCAAGAAGAAACAAGGAGAGGAGCUUGCAAACAAUGAAGCCGAUGAUGAAAAGUACUGGGGCUCAGAUGUCCUUGCGCCGCCAUCGCCGCCUCCAAAACCCGAGCCAGUGACAUCCCCCAAUCCUCCUCAACUGAACGUUCGCCCAGUCACCCAAUUUGCGCCAUUUGCAUCAGAAUUCGGUGAUGGUUUUACUAGCCUGUCGACGGUUGGCGAGGAACCAGCCAUAGCUUCCAGUGAAACCGGCACUCGCAGUCUGACUGGAAAUUCUUCGCCAAUUCAUACACCUCAGUCAAGUAGCGCCAGCUCGAAUCCGUUCAACGAUCCAGUAGAUCCAUUCAAUAGUCCGUCUGAGGCGCCCUCCCCUUCCAGAUCUGUUGCUCAGUCUUCAUCCGUUUCAGAAGAGUCUACUGUUUCUGGGUCCGCUCCUGAAGUAACCACCGCAACUGGGAUAGUGGCAACUGGGGUUGUAGCUGGCGCAACUGCCGCAGCAGUUGCAGGUUCAAGCGCGUCAGACAAAGGCCUGCCCACUCGUCCUGAAAGCUUCACGUCUCAUGCUUCGUCCGAAUCCGAUCCUUUCAGCCACGGUCCGGUGAGCCCUGUCAGCCCUGUUAAUGCCAAUACGGUGCCAGUUCCCACUGCUCCUACUGUCGCUGCUGCUCCACUAGCUGCGCCGAUGGGUCCAGGUCCUGCGCCAUCCAAUGUACAUCGCGUGCACAUGGAUUUCGUCCCUUCAAUGGCGGACGAGAUGGAACUGCGUGCGGGUGAUCUGGUCAGACUCCUGCACGAGUAUGACGACGGAUGGGCUCUUUGCAUUCGGAUGGAUCGCUCUCAGCAAGGUGUUGUCCCUCGCUCAUGUCUUUCGUCUCGUCCUUUGAAACUUCGGCCUGGUCCGCCUCCAGGUGCUGCUCCUGGACCACGUGGCCCGUCAAGGAUGGGACCCAAUGGCCCUAUGCCGGCUGGGCCCAUGACACAGACUCCGCGCUUCUAUCCUCAGGACGCGCGGCCGCAAUCCCCUGCAUGUCCAAUGUCCCCGGCACGCCCCAUGUCUCCCGCCAACUCUGGUUACCCUGCCCCCCCGCAAGCGCAACCCUAUCAGCGUCCGAUGUCCCCGGCACAGCUUUCACAAGCAUCGAGAUCCUUCUCGCCGGGUCCAGGUCCCAUGAUUCCUAGGUCCUUGAGUCCUGGACCUUAUGGACACCCGGGACUUCAAGGUCCCCAUAUGCCAGCCAGUCAACGCAUGCGUAGCAAUAGUACGGGGGCUGUUAACGCUCGCAUGGCAGGGCCUGUCGGUCCGAGUCCUCUUGGAGCUCCCAUGAGAGCAAUGGCCAUGCAUCCCGCAGCUAUUCCCGCACCAGUUUCGGCAACCAUUGAGACAGUCCCCUCUGACAAUGUCCACGAGUAAUGGGCCAUCUGAAAUUUCAUGACA